UGUUUUGAUUUUAUUUUCGCAUAACAUAAGAAAUUAUUAGCAUUUGAAAUUGAAAAUCUGUAUAAUAAAUAAAGAUAAACUUUGCAAGUGAGAAAGGAUUAACAAUGGCUUUUGCAUUGAGAAAGUGUAUUAGUCCUAUGCGACACAGACAAAUAUUUGUAUUCACGCGUAACACAUUGCAAAACUUAUCUACAAUGAAAGCUGAUGUUAACUCGAAAGUCCCCUCUGAAGAUUCUAAGACUCCUUCAGGCGAUGCGGAGCUAAUGAUUAGCAAUUCUUGUACUAAACGGCUACAGGAAAUUUCAGAAAAUGGUAAAACAUUCCUACGUAUCACUGUAGAAGGUGGGGGUUGCUCUGGUUUUCAAUAUAAAUUUGAUUUGGACUCCAAAUUGAAAAGUGAUGAUGUUGUUUUCGGCGAGGGAAGUGCAAAAGUUGUGGUUGAUAAUCUAUCUUUAGAAUACUGUUCUGGUGCUACUGUCGACUAUCAUACGGAAUUAAUCAGAUCUGGUUUUCGAAUACUCGCUAAUCCACAGGCGGAGCACGGUUGUUCAUGCGGCUCUUCUUUUUCUAUCAAAUUAGAUUAGAAAUAACUAUGAAAAUAUCGAUGAUAAAUUGAGUUUUAUUAUGCUUUCAUAAAUUUCAUAUAUAUUGCCAUUUAUCAAUUGUUAUAAAUGUUACAAAGUUACACAUAUAGUAAUAUAAAUUAUUCUGCUUGUUAUUAAAUA